AUGUUGAAAAUGAAGUUAUUAUAUAAGAAAAGAGAUAACAAUAAUAUGAUUAUAUCAUUACUUACUGAAGAAAGUGAUGACUUGUGGUAUGUAUAUAAUUUAAUAAGUAUUAAUGAUGAAAUAGAAGCAUUUACUUCAAGAAAAGUUCAUAAAGAUAUUGGUAAUAAUUCAUAUGUUACAGAAAUUAAAAAAUUAGUUUUAAUUUUAUCAAUUACUAAAAUAGAUUUUGACUCUGAAAGCAAUAGCUUAAGAGUAUCUGGAAAGAAUGUAAAGAAUAAUGAUUAUGUUAAAAUUGGUCAAUAUCACACAUUUGAUAUAGGUAUUAAUGAGAAAAUAAAAAUUAUAAAGAAAAAUUGGGAUAUCAUUUAUAAUGAAAAACUAGAAGAAUGUACAAAUAUAAAAAUGUAUUCAGAAGUUGGAAUUCUUUUAAUUGAUUGCGGUUGUGCAAAUAUGUAUUUAUUAACAGAUAGCUUAUAUAAAAGUAUUUUUAGUAUUAAUAAAAUUAUACAUAAAAAAAAGGAAAAAAAUAACAAUUCUUUAUAUAAAAAAUCAUUAGAAAAUUUCUUUAGUGCUGUAUUAAAUAAUUUAUACGUAAAUUUAAAUUUUGAAAAAAUAAAAUGUAUUGUUUUAGGUGGGCCUGGUUUUUUUAAAAACGACUUUUUUGAUUUUAUUUACAAAAAAUCAGAACAAAAAGAUAAUAAAGAAAUGUUAGGUAUUAAACAUAAAUUUUUAAUAGUUAAAACUUCUAGUAUUUAUAAAAAUUCUUUAAAUGAAAUUUUAAACGAUGAAAAUAUGAAAAAGGAAAUUCUUAAUAUGAAAGCUAUAUCUCAUGUAAAUAUUUUAAAUAAAUUUUAUAAACUUUUUGAUAAAAACGAAGAAAAAGUUUGCUACGGUCCAAAAGAAGUGGACUAUGCUUCAAAUAUGAAUGCAAUUGAUUCAUUAUUAAUAACAGAUAAAACAUUGAGAAAUUGUGAUCUUAACAGAAGAAAAAGAUAUGUUCAAUUAUUACAAAAUGUAAAAAAUACAGGAGGAAAGGUUUUUAUUUUUUCUGAUAAUCAUACAUCUGGAGAACAAUUAAAUUCUUUAACAGGAGUUGCAGCUAUUUUAAAAUUUCCAAUUUUUUAUGAAAAUAGUUUAAAGGAAUAUCCAAAUGAUAGGGAAAAUAAUCAGUUAAAUCAAAAACUACUGAUAUACGAUGUAAAUGAUAAUAUAAAAAAAGAAACAAACUUUUUUUCAUGA